CCCGGGGGCGGGACUUCCGGCCGCGCGCCCGAGGAGGAGGAGGAGGAGGAGAAGAAGGAGGGGGAGCGCCAUGGUGCUGAGGUGGCUGGUCCUGCGGCUGUUGAGCCGGGAGCGGCUGGUGGAGCGGCUGUCCGAAUGGCGGCCCCUGCGGCGCGCCGCGCGCCUCACCGCCUCCGCGCUGCUGCGGGCCCGGCGGGAAGGCCGCGAGGCGGCGCGCGGCCUGCGGGACCGCGCCGCGGGCCCCGGCCUGCUGGCCCGCGCCGUCCGCUUCGGCGAGGCCUUCGCCCGGGAGGUGCGGCGGGGCCUGCGGGAGCGCCCCUGACCCCCCCUCCCUCCCCGCUGCGCCGCCGUCCGCGCGCCACCAUCAUCGCCCACCCCCGCACUGAGCCUCCGACAUCUACCCCGGGGGGCCUGGGCCCCCACCAUCAGCCCCCCCCCUCCCCCGGGGGCCUGGGACUCGAGCAUCAUCCCUGCGGGGUGCUGGACCUCGAACCUCACCCCCUUGGGGGCCCGGGGCCUCGAACUGCAUCCCCGCGGGGCCCUGGACCUCUAACAUCAUCCUCCCCCCCCCGGGGGUCCUGGGACUCCAACAUCACUCCCCCUUGGAGGUCCUAGGACUCUGACAUCAUCCCCUCCCGGGGGGCCUGGGCCUCAAGCAUUAUCCCUUCAGGGGGUCCUGGACCUCUAACAUCAUCCCCCCAAGGCUCCUGGACCUCUAACAUCACCCCUCCCCCCCCGGGGGUCCUGGACGUCUAACAUCAUCCCCCCUUGGGCGUCCUGGACCUCGAGCAUCAUCCCCCCCGGGGGGGGGCUCCUGGGACUCUAACAUCAUCCCCCCCUUGGGGGUCCUGGACCUCGAGUAUCAUCCCCCCCGGGGGUCCUGGGCUUCUAACGUCAUCCCUUUGGGGCCCCGGACCUCUAACAUCAUCCCUUUUGGGGGUCCUGGGACUCUAACAUCAUCCCUUCGAGGAGGUCCUGGACCGCUAAUAUCCCUUCUGGGGGUCCUGGACCUCGAGCGUCAUCCCUCCCUGGGGGUCUUGGGACUCUAACAUCAUCCAUUUAGGGUCCUGGACCUCUAAUAUCAUCCCCCUUCACCUCCCGGGGGUCCUGGACCUCUAACACCCCCCCGCCCGGGGGUUCUGGGCCUCGAGCAUUCCCCCCCCCCCCCAGGGUCCUGGAUCCCAACCAUCAUCCCCCGCACCGGGGGGGGGGGUCUGAGCCCUAAGCCUCCGCCUGAGGGGGGCCUGACCCUUGGAAAAUGAAGAGCCCGGGGGGCCUGGGCCCCCGCCUUCUGCCAGCGCCUCUUCCACACCCUCUCCAGCGUCUGGGACCCUGCCCGGCGAUGCCACACACCUGCCACCCCCCCCCGGCCACCUCGCUGCAACCCGUGACCCCGAGAGGAGGGGGGUCCCGACCGCCCGGAUCUGCCGGGAACCUCCACGGAUCCGGCCGAUUCUUCUGAAGCUCAGACGUUUCACGCCCGACGGACUCGGCCUCUUCGUGCCGAGUCCAAAGCACACGACCCUCAAUGGCUUCCCGCCGCCAGCCGGGGAAGGACGGCGCUCUGGGUGACUCCUCUCUGCGUGCAGGAGAGGCUUUAUAUAGGAAGCGAGGCACACAGCUGGCAGACAUUUCAAAUUAAAUGCAAUUAUCAAUGCAUUCUUA